GCAGUCUGAGAGAUAUGCCUGUGGGAGGGAUCUCUGACUUCUUUCAAGCUGCAUUGUACAGUGAAAGAAAAGCUCAUCCUUUUUGCACUAGACAAUUGCCCCCAACCCUUCCUAAUGUCACCUGGAGAAGACUAUUAGUACGAAACAUAAUGAGAACACUAUCCUCCUAACAGGGAGAGCCUCAUAGAGGAUUGUUUCCUAACAGCGACCUUACUUGUGGAUUCAAAAGCAGAAGCUGUGAAACUCUGCCAGCCAUUUUCUUUGUCGUCCUUGUGAAUUAUGCAGCUGGUAAAGCUUUGAUGUUGAUUGGAAUACUUGACUUUCCUGUACCUGUCUAAUAUCAUGAUUAUACUUUUGUAUUUGAUCAAAAUGAGGAAUCUACAUUAAAGAGCUAUACCAACUACCUCCUAGCUUGAUUAAAAAAAAUAUUCGGAUGUGUCUGCAGGGCUGUAACACUUAGAAAGUAAGUCCCACUCCAUGUUCAAGUUUAGCUUUUGUCAUAAGAACAACUGUAAUGGCCUAUUUUACAUAAUAUUGUAACAGAUGGAAGUUCAGUCUUUCAUUCUAGAUUUCAACAAAGCUGCAAACUUGCAGUUCAGAAAUUAUUGUUGCUACAAUUAGGUACCUUUAAUUGAAUCUCUGACACUUAAUUAUAGCAGCACCACAGACACACUAUGAGAAGCAGUAAAAUCAACUAUGACACACCCCUCCUGGUUUCCCAUUGGAUGGAAACUUGCUAGGCUUGAUGGGUAGGUGCUGUAUUCAGAGGGGAUUUAAAAGCAAAUGAGUAUCAGGUCCUCUUAGCCAGUCAUAAAUGGAUUUCUACCUGUUUGAACCUCAGACUGGAGCAAGCUGCUUUUAAAGCACUCUAAGGACCUGCCUUAUGAGGAAACUACUGGAGAAAAUAUUCCCUUUCAUACUUCAUAUUUCUUCUAUGAAAAAGUGAUUUUGGAAGAUCUCCUAGGCCACUUUGCUUGAGGUGUCUUUUUCAGAAGAAGCAUGGCUUACUUUGUUUUACAAAUCGUUGGUCUAAUACUUGGAGGUAUCGGCAUGGUUGGGACUUUGGCAGCCACAUUUAUGCCACAGUGGAGAGUUUCUGCCCACAUUGACGGAAAUAUUGUGGUGUUUGAGACCAUCUGGGAAGGACUGUGGAUGGCCUGCGCCAGUCAGCUGGGCAUCAGGCUGCAGUGCAAAUUCUAUGACUCUAUCCUGUCUCUUUCCCCACCCUUGGAGGCAUUCAGAGCCCUCAUGUGCACUGCAGUGGUCCUGUCAAUCAUUUCCUUUUUGUUGGCCAUUGUUGGUGUGAAGUACACUCGCAAGAACAAGGCCAUCAGUAUCUUCAUAUUGGCAGCUGGACUUUCCUUCCUACUGACGGGUAUCCUUGUUCUGAUCCCCGUGUCCUGGAGUGCAGGUAGCAUCAUUCGUGACUUCUAUGAUCCAAAUGUCCCUACAUCAUUGAAACGAGAGCUAGGAGCUGCUCUAUAUGUGGGGUGGGUGAGCAGUGCACUUCUCAUCAUUGCAGGAGCUAUGUACUCUAUCUUCUGGUGCUGGGCUGAUGCAUCCUUAAAAUCCAAGUAUCCAUCGCUUUCCUGUCACAGCUUGCGCAAACCUAACUUUUCAGGAGGGCCAUCCGCAAGUGUGCAUGCCUAUGUGUAGUUGCUGCAUGUAAUCUUUCUGCUUAGUAUGUCAAUAUGUACUGGUCGACUUCAGUAUCUAAUUAAACUGUGAAUCUGUAAUGGAGGGGCAAUUUAGUUCAUUUGCUGUUUACUAUUGCCAUACACAUCUGCUCUCUGCCAUGAAUACAGGGCAUGUUUUUACACGGGCAUUAUGUUAGAGCACAGUCAGAAGAAAAAUCUAACGAUUUUAUGGGAAUGAAGAACGGCAUGGGAACAGCAGCAGCCAGAAGUCUCUCGGAGAAGACAAACAACAUAUGGUUGGACUGGAAGGCAGGCAGCUACUGUGGAGUAGCACCAUUACCCUCCUCUAAACCCAUGAUGUAUAAAGAGAGCGGUGCAUUUUACUCUAAGGUAAAGUCUUUGUAGGGACUGCUUUAGGACAGUAGUGAGCAGAAUGGAGUUGGCAGCAUGGCUGAAGCAGUUGCUGAAUGAACGGAGGAGCUGCCAGCGAUCUAACUUCCAAUAUCGGCACACAAAUGA